AUGAAGGCAGCAGAGAUCGUCUACUACCUCUGCCACCCUCAGGAGCUCAGGUCAAUCAUCCAAUGGACAACAUAUCAUGAGCCUGUACACACGAGAGACCCCUCGUCUGAAACGCCAACGGAGAAGAAAUGCUACGAGUUCCUCAAGCUCACCAGCAGAAGUUUCUACGCCGUCAUUAUGGAACUUCAUCCAGAGCUCUUGAUGCCUAUAUGUCUGUUCUAUCUCGUCCUUCGCGGCCUGGACACGGUCGAGGACGAUACUUCGAUACCGCUUGACUCCAAAGAACCUCUACUACGCGGAUUCAAAGACAUUCUUGAAGAGGAUGGCUGGUCCUUCACCGGGAACCGACCCGAGGAGAAGGACCGGGAGCUGCUGGUUCAGUUCCACAACGUUAUCACAGAGUUCAAGAAGAUAAAGCCGGCCUACAAGGCCAUCAUCAAGGAUAUCGCCGACAAGAUGGGCAACGGCAUGGCUGACUAUGCAAGACGCGGGGAGAGGGACGAGGAGAUAGUCAAGACCAUCGACGACUAUGACCUUUACUGCUACUAUGUGGCCGGUUUGGUGGGCGAGGGCCUGACCCGUUUAUUUGUAGAGGCCGGCUUCGCGCGGCCGGAGCUGCUCGAUCGUCCGGAGCUGUUCAUAUCCAUGGGCCGAUUCCUUCAAAAGACGAACAUUAUCCGUGACGUGCGAGAAGACCACGACGAUAAGCGCCGCUUCUGGCCCAGAGAGAUCUGGUCGAGACACGUCAAGGAGUUUGGCGACCUUUUCAAACCAGAGUUCCGCCAGCAAGCUCUGAACUGUAGCUCCGACAUGGUUCUCAAUGCGCUCUCGCACGUAGAGCACUGCAUCUACUAUCUUUCGGCGCUGAGGGAGCAGAGCGUGUUCAACUUCUGCUGUAUCCCUCAGACCAUGGCCAUCUCGACGUUGGAACUCUGCUUCCGAAACGGCACCAUGUUUGAGAGGAACAUCAAGAUAACCAAGGGAACAGCCUGUCGACUCAUGAUAGAUUCCACACAAAACGUCCGGGUGGCCUGCGACGUGUUCCGCCGAUAUGCUCGUGCAAUUCACCAGAAGAACACCUCCAGGGAUCCAAACUUCCUAAAGAUCAGUAUUGCUUGUGGACAUGUCGAGAAAAUCGUUGAGCGCAUCUUCCCCUCCCAGUCACCAGAAGCCGCUGCUCGACGGCUAACCAACGAGAAGUCAGCCGAUGAACUGGCCAAAGACAAAGCGGACGCCGAGGCCAGACAGGACACCAUGUACAUCAUCCUGACUAUCUUUGGUGUCCUGGUCUUUGUCACGUUCACCAUGUUCUUCGUCGCCUGGAUAUUUGGUGCCAGGUUCGACCUGGCCCUCGAGGAGUUCAAAAAAGGACGACUCACCCCGGGAUCAGCCCAGGCCCACGGUGGUGAGCUCUAA